AUGGCGGAAGACAGAGCGAUCGACGCCACCUCAACAGUUGAAAAGGUAUUUAAGCUGCUGCAUACAAAAAUGUAAUGGGUUGCGGUUAUUAUUGAGUUUAAUUUAUUGUACCCUUUGUUCUAUUUUAUCCCUCUGGCUGCAUAUGUUAAUUAUUUUUUCUUUCUCUUAAUUUGGUAAUUUUGGAAGUAGAUAAGUAGGGGAAUUUUCUCAUUGUUAAGGAACUUAAGAAGCUUUGUGGUGCCAUUUCAACAUUUCCAUUAGUAGAAGUAUUCUAUUGGGUCCUAUUUCAGUCGUCUAAGAUUUCCACUCUUCUCGAAAAGGAGCUCUUUUAAAAGGAAUUGUUUAACCCUAUUUUGGCUGGGGGUCUUUUUAAACCCCUGCCUCCUGGCUAAAUAGUUGAAUGACUUCAAAACCGUUUAAGCUAUUACCACCAAACUUAGUGCCGUUCCCUAAACAUUUUUGGGAACAUUUUGAUGUCGUUGUGACGUGUAUGUCAACACUGACGUUGCCCUGGUAACCCAGUUUUGACAGCCAUGUGUUUCAAAAUUUGCUUUUUCCGUAUAAAAAGGGUAUAUUUUUAUUUUUUCUCAUUACGGUAAAUGGCAUUAGACUUACUUUAGGCAAUAUUUUACAAACUUAUUUUAACUGUUAGUUUAAUCCAGGCUUUUUAGUGACCAAUUUGCGAAAAAUAAACACGAAUUUAAAAUGACCAAAUAGAAGAUGUUGGGUUCAAUUUUUAACAUUGUUAAUUUACCUCAGAAUUUCACAACUUCUGGAUUUCUUUUUUCCUCCUAAGCGUCCUUUUAUACAAAGAUCAAUUUUUCUACCACGAUUACUUCAAUUUACACGGGUCUACAUUUAAUUAGUUCAAAUUGGCAGAUUUAUCAUGGCGCAUGGUUACAGAUCCUUCUGUAAUAAUUUUAAAAAUAUGACGUCAUCAUGACAUCACUGCUAUUGUUAAAGGUUAUUUGUAUUAGCCAACGUCUUCAUUUCGUUAGACACCUAUGGAAUUUGGAUUCUGCUAAUAAAUUUGACAAUAUGACAUCAUAAUGACAUCAAAUUACGAUGUUGGAAAUGAUGAUGUUUGUUUGUUGUUAUUGACUAGAAUUCUUCUUUAAAGUGAAAGCGUUUACUUUAUUUGGCAUUUGAGUGCCCAAUAAGCUUUUUCCUUUGUUGACUUUUUCUCAUAUAUUUUGCUUGUUUUGUUACUGAUUUGUUUUGCUUUUGCACCAAUACUUUUCUGUAACACAGCCCUUAAAGAUUACCCUUCUUGGUAGUGGGUGGAGCUCGUCAAAAGGUGGAUUGUCAACAUUAAACAGAGAGCUUGCGAUUCAGCUCUCUGAACAUGCAAAAGCAGACGUUUCUUUGUUAGUCCCCGAAGGAGCUUGUGAGUUUCAGGAAAUUAUAGAAGCAAGUAGUUUUGGAAUAACCGUUGUUGAGGCGAAGGGACGUACAGCAUAUGAUCGUCUGGAAUGGUUAAGUACCCCACCAAAGGACCACAACAUGGAAAUAGUUGUUGGUCAUGGUGUAAAACUUGGCAGGCAGGUGCAAUUCAUAAGAGACUCUGCUCGAUUUCCAAAU